UGUGUGAUUACGAAUUGGGGUGGAUAAACUAACUAAGAUGUGUGUAUGUACAUUUAUGUUUCAUUAUUAUAAAAUUGAUGAUCUAGAAAAUCUCAUUCCUUGAUAUAUUUUGAAUUUAUAAUUUAAAUCUCCGUCUCUUGGAUAUCAUAAAAUGCUUUGUUAAUAUGGACAUUGUAAAGAAGAAGCGCACAUCUUAUGAUUUAUGUUAAAUUUUCUUAUGUGUAUAAUAUAGUUGUUCUUUUUAUAUCUUUAUAUGAAGUGUGUAUAUAUAUAUUUUAUUUGAGAAAAACAUAGAGGUUAUGUACUAUUCUAUUUAAGUGUCAAAGAAAAUCAAUAUACAGUAAUAUAUUUAUUGCAAUUAUAAUUGAUUAUUUGUAUAAAAAGUAAUAAAGAGAUAUAAAAAAUGCUAUGGCUGAAUCAGUAGCACAAGUUGUAGAAGAAGAAUUGAAUGGAGAAACGGAAUCAGAAGCUAGCAGUAUUUAUCAAUGUGGUUCAGUGAUUUCAACUGUUCCAGAUCGUCAUGGUUUUCUUGGAGGUUCACAGUAUAGUCCUGAAAGAAAGGUAACCAUACCACCUGAUGUUAUAUUGAGAAGAGAAAGAAAAUGGAUAAGAAUGUUAAAUAAUUGGAGUCUUUUUAUGACUACUAAUUAUCGAAAAGUCAGAGAAAGAUGCAGGAAAGGAAUACCACCUUCUGUAAGACUUAGAGCAUGGCUUAAUCUAUGUGGAGGACAAUUAUUAAUGAAUGAAAAUCCAAAUUUAUACCAAGAAUUAAUUAAAAGACCUGGCGAUCCAAAAUAUAUAGAAGAUAUAAAAAAAGAUUUGCAUCGACAAUUUCCUCAUCAUGAAAUGUUUGUUGAAAAUGCACCUGGACAACAAGAACUCUUUCAAGUAUUGAAAGCAUACUCUAUUUUGAAUGCAAAAGUUGGUUACUGUCAAGCUCAAGCACCUAUCGCAGCCUUUUUAUUGAUGCAUAUGCCAGCAGUACAAGCAUUUUGGUGUCUUGUUGCUAUAUGUGACAAAUAUCUUGUUGGUUAUUACAGUCAAGGAAUGGAAACAUUAAUACGCGAUGGUGAUAUACUCUUUGCGCUUCUGAAAAGAGUUUCACCUGUUGCUUAUAAGCAUCUUAAAAAACAAAAGAUGGAACCUAUUUUGUACAUGACCGAAUGGUUUCUUUGCGUUUACACUCGGACUUUGCCAUGGGAAAGCAUUCUACGUGUUUGGGAUAUGUUCCUUUGCGAAGGAGUUAAAAUUAUUUUUAAAGUAGGAUUGGUAUUACUUAAAGGAUGUUUGGGUAGAACAUCACUUACAAAGCAGUGUCCAACAACAUAUGAAACUCUUCAAGUUUUAAGAAAUCCUCCACAACACAUAGUAGAAGAGGAAGCUUUAGUAUAUCAGAUUCAAAGGCUAAAUUUAAGUGAAGAAGAUUUUGAAUAUGAGCAUCAAAGACAAAUUCUUAAAAGAAAAAAUAAAGAUCAAGCAUCCCUUUCUACUGCCAAUGGAAACGGUUGAGAAGCAAAGAAUAAUUUUGAUCCCAAAGUGUGCCUUCCCGAUUCUUUUUAUAUUGUAAAAAAUGUACAAUUAAACAUUUCAUAUAUGUAAUGUUUACAAGAGUACCUACAUUGUGCAAUAAGUAUACAAAUAAUUUAGAUGAAACCUUUACUUUAAAUAUCGCACAGACAUAUACAUUCCCAAACAGAUAGAGUGUAUUUAGUUACCCUUGUUUUUUCUAUAUUAUAGUUUAAUAGUAAGAAAGCACAAUAUACAUAUACAAGAUGUUGCAGCAUGCAUUAAUAUUAUAUUUCUAUAUAUAUAUAUAUAUAUACUAUCUUAUUGAUAGUAAUAAUAUAAUAAUGUGUAAAAAAUAAAUCCAAAAAAAUGUAUUUUUAAAUGAUAUGCAAUAAUGUCAUAAAGUAACAAUGUUGCGUUUUUAAUUUAAGACUGUUUACUACCUUUCGCUUGCAAUGUAUUUAGCGAUUGAACAAAAUAUGAACUAAAAAUGCAAUAAGGAAACACUGUCCUCUCUAUGCAUACGUUUUGUCGGUGUAUAAGCUUAUAUAAAAACAAUCGAAUUAGUAUGUAACAGAAAUUUUUGUAUGUAGUACAAAGGGUAUCUGAUAAAAGCAAGAAAAAAUUAUG